AUGGUUUAUAACGCCACCCUCAUUGCCAAGUCCGACAUCCGGUCCCCGGAUUAUAACUUGGACAAGCCCAAGAUACACAACCCAAGCGGGGGGGUGAUCGCCUUCUCGGUGCUAAUCAUCGCUUUCAUAUUCAUAGUCGCGCUACUCUUUAGCGGCUACGACGGCAGCUGCCGCAACUGUUGCGGAAGACGAAAGUCCGCGGAGGAAGAUGACCUUGACGCUGCGGAGAGGGGAAAGUGGGAGAUGCUAGAGACUCCGGGGCAGAGGGUCCGGCGGCUCGGGGUUGAAGAAGAGCUACGCAACUACGACAUCGACGAAUACCUCGCCGGCGAGACGCCCCGAGGUCGUACCUCCCCUCGCCCCAGUGGCGAGUUCCAAGAGGUUGAUCUCGGUGAUCAACGAGGGCCCUCGCCAGCCCUCCCAAGAGACAUGGUUGCCCAUCACGGAUCGGUCCAGCCGCUUCACCGCGACCCUACGGGAAAGGAGGAUUGGCCUCUCCACCAGGGUGUUAGGUAUUCCAGGACCCCGAAGACCAUGACACCAAAGGAGCGCCUUCUGGAGAGGAUGAACGGGGAUCGCUGGGCGCGAGUUCAAAUGGAGAUGCAAAUGUAA